GAUUUCUUGCUGAAAAAAGAAUAUAAAGCCCUGGAGUAUAAUCUAACAACCACUGGGGUUGAGCUGGACAAAGUAACAGCUUUUUGGGAUGAGGGAAUUGGAGAGCUGUUUGUAAAAGCAAACCAGGAAAACAACAACAGCAAAGCUCCUAGCACUGGCAACAAUCUCUUCUUCAGCAAUUUUCCCCUUCAUGCCUCACCUGUUCUUCAGGAUAUAAAUUUCAAGAUUGAGAAGGGAGAGUUAUUAGCUGUUUCUGGAUCUACUGGAGCAGGCAAGACUUCUCUUCUCAUGUUGAUAAUGGGAGAAUUGGAGCCUUCACAGGGUAAAAUUAAACACAGUGGAAGGAUUUCCUUUUCACCUCAAGUCUCCUGGAUCAUGCCUGGAACAAUAAAAGAAAACAUAAUUUUUGGUGUAUCCUAUGAUGAAUACCGAUUCAAAGCCUGCCAACUAGAAGAGGACAUUUCCAAGUUCCCAGACAAAGAUUAUACAGUGCUUGGAGAAGGUGGAAUCAUUCUGAGCGGAGGCCAGAGAGCACGAAUCUCACUAGCAAGAGCAGUGUACAAAGAUGCCGAUUUGUAUCUCCUGGAUUCUCCUUUUGGACAUUUGGACAUUUUUACAGAAAAAGAGAUAUUUGAAAGCUGUGUGUGCAAGUUGAUGGCGAAUAAAACUAGGAUCUUGGUUACUUCAAAACUAGAACAUUUAAAGAUUGCUGACAAAAUAUUAAUUUUACAUGAAGGGAGCUGCUAUUUCUAUGGAACAUUUUCUGAACUUCAAGGUCAACGUCCAGACUUCAGCUCAGAGCUGAUGGGAUUUGGUUCUUUUGAUCAGUUCAGUGCAGAAAGAAGAAAUUCGAUUCUGACUGAGACUCUCCGUCGAUUUUCCAUUGAAGGAGAAGGCAUGGGGUCACGAAAUGAAGUAAAGAAGCAAUCUUUUAAACAAACCUCAGACUGUAAUGACAAAAGGAAGAACUCCAUAAUUAUUAACCCCCUUAAUGCAAAUAGGAAGUUCUCAGUUGUGCAGAAGAAUGGGAUGCAGGUCAAUGGGAUAGAGGAUGGCCACAAUGACCCCCCAGAGAGGAAGCUCUCACUGGUACCUGACUUGGAACAGGGGGACGUAGGAUUGCUUCGGAGUAACAUGCUAAACACCGACCACAUGCUGCAAGGUCGAAGGAGGCAAUCUGUGUUAAACCUGAUGACGGGCACCUCUGUGAACUAUGGACCAAACUUUUCCAAAAAGGGAAGUACAACAUUUCGGAAGAUGUCUAUGGUGCCUCAGACAAACCUGUCUUCUGAGAUAGAUAUCUACACCAGGCGAUUGUCUCGAGACAGUGUCUUGGACAUAACUGAUGAAAUCAAUGAGGAGGAUUUGAAGGAAUGCUUCAGUGAUGAUGCUGAAAGCAUGGGUACUGUUACCACAUGGAAUACCUAUUUCAGAUACGUUACCAUCCACAAAAACUUGAUAUUUGUUCUAAUUUUGUGUGUGACUGUCUUCUUAGUUGAGGUAGCUGCUUCUCUUGCUGGGUUGUGGUUUCUCAAAAAGACAGCUUUCAAAGCAAAUGCAACACAAUCAGAAAACAGUACCUCUGACAAACCUCCUGUGAUUGUCACUGACACUAGUGCCUACUACAUCAUUUACAUCUACGUGGGAGUGGCAGAUACUCUGCUUGCCAUGGGAAUCUUCAGAGGUUUGCCCCUUGUGCAUACGCUCAUAACAGUGUCUAAAACUCUUCAUCAAAAGAUGGUGCAUGCUGUUCUUCAUGCACCUAUGUCAACAUUCAACUCUUGGAAAGCAGGUGGUAUGCUUAACAGAUUCUCAAAAGAUACAGCAGUACUGGAUGACUUACUUCCACUUACAGUAUUUGACUUCAUUCAGUUAAUACUGAUUGUGAUUGGCGCUAUAACAGUAGUCUCAAUAUUACAACCCUACAUCUUCCUGGCAUCAGUGCCUGUGAUAGCAGCCUUUAUUGUGUUAAGGGCAUACUUCCUCCACACUUCUCAGCAGCUGAAACAACUGGAAUCUGAAGCUCGCAGUCCAAUAUUCACCCAUCUUGUUACCAGCUUAAAAGGGCUGUGGACACUGAGAGCUUUUGGGCGGCAGCCGUACUUUGAGACCUUAUUUCACAAAGCCCUGAACCUACACACGGCAAACUGGUUCCUCUACCUGUCAACGCUGCGCUGGUUCCAGAUGAGGAUAGAAAUGAUUUUUGUUGUCUUUUUUGUUGCUGUGGCAUUCAUCUCCAUCAUAACGACAGGUGAUGGGCCAGGGAGAGUUGGCAUUAUUCUUACUUUAGCUAUGAACAUCAUGGGAACCUUGCAGUGGGCAGUAAACUCAAGCAUAGAUGUGGAUAGUUUGAUGCGGUCUGUCGGGCGAAUAUUUAAAUUCAUCGACAUGCCAACAGAAGAGAUGAAAAACAUUAAGCCACAGAAGAAUAACCAGCUUUCAGAUGCCCUUGUAAUUGAAAACAGGCAUGUGAAGGAAGAGAAAAACUGGCCAUCCGGAGGCCAAAUGACUGUGAAGGACCUUACAGCCAAAUACGGUGAAGGAGGAGCUGCUGUGUUGGAAAACAUUUCCUUUUCAAUAAGUUCAGGACAGAGGGUGGGCCUUUUAGGAAGAACUGGUUCAGGAAAAAGCACUUUACUUUUUGCAUUUUUAAGACUGCUGAAUGCAGAAGGGGAUAUCCAGAUUGAUGGAGUCUCCUGGAACACAGUCAGCCUGCAGCAAUGGAGAAAGGCAUUUGGAGUGAUUCCUCAGAAAGUGUUCAUAUUUUCUGGAACUUUUCGGAUGAAUUUGGAUCCUUAUGGGCAGUGGAAUGAUGAAGAAAUAUGGAAAGUUGCAGAGGAGGUUGGGCUGAAGUCUGUAAUUGAGCAAUUUCCAGGCCAGCUUGAUUUCGUUCUUGUGGAUGGAGGCUGUGUCCUUAGUCAUGGCCACAAACAGCUGAUGUGCCUUGCCCGGUCAGUUCUCAGCAAAGCUAAAAUCUUGCUGCUGGAUGAACCAAGUGCUCACCUGGACCCUGUAACGUCCCAAGUGAUAAGGAAGACCCUGAAGCAUGCGUUUGCCAACUGCACGGUGAUACUCUCCGAACACAGGCUGGAGGCAAUGCUGGAGUGCCAACGAUUUUUGGUAAUAGAGGAUAAUAAACUGCGGCAAUAUGAAUCUAUUCAGAAGCUGCUGAGUGAAAAGAGCUCCUUCAGACAAGCCAUCAGCCAUGCCGAUCGCCUUAAGAUAAUCCCAUUACACCACAGAAACUCCAGCAAACGCAAACCUAGACCCAAAAUCACUGCCUUGCAGGAGGAGACAGAGGAAGAAGUACAGGAGACAAGGCUGUGA